CUCGAAGAGCAGAACGAGCGUCUCCGCCUGCAGAACCUGCGAUGCACCACCCAGCUGCAGAUGCUCAAGUCGAUGAGUGAGCAGACGAGACGCGCCAAACAACAGCACAACAAGCACCACGCACUCAUGAGCCACUCGAUUACGGGCGCCCUGCCCGUGUGCCGCGAGCUCGACAACCGGACAUCGGACGACAGCGGUCUCACCUCGGAUGAGCACCCGGAUAGACUAUGCCAACUGCCCGCCGACGCGAUGAGCCGCUCCAUAGCCGGCGAAUCGACGCCGAAAACGCUCCGGAAAAAAGCACCCCGGCAGAACAGCGCCGACUGUGGGGGUACGGUAGGAGGAGCAACUUCACCGGCUCCCUCCUCUGACGGCUCGCCGAUAUGGGAACAGCCACGCCCGGUCCCGACUCCAAGAAAACCCAGGAAUACCCUGCUGGAGCGCGACUCGCUGAACUCGUUCGUCGAUGAGUACGAGUUCUUCGACUGCGAGGAGGAGACGUUUGAUGAACCAUCCGAGACGACAAAGAACAUCCUACUCGGACAUCAUCAAGCCGUCCUCGUCUUCGGCUUCUCCUCAUCCCCGGCUCCUCCCUCAGCAUCGUUUGAGGCUUUGGAUCGAAAAAGCCGGCUACUGGUGCCAGCUCUCGGAGAGUCGCCUCAAAUCGCUGAAGCGUCGCUUUGUGGACACCGCAACGGGACGCUAACCUUCUACCGUACCCAGAAGAACAUGGCCCGAGAUGAGGAGCCACUUCUCCGGAUCCCCGUCUCCGAGCUGAAGUCUGUCACCCGGAUCCCCGGCAACCCGUACGCCCUACAACUCCGCGACGGCCACACAACGGCUACAGUAUCAGACGGACAGCGAGAAGGGCACAGAGGAGUGGGUCUCGCUGAUCGGCCAGGCGAUCAGGGGCACAACCCUUCGCGAGCUGGCCUCCCGCACGUCCCGGAAUCGAGGCCACAAUUUCCGGCGUUGUGCAACGGGUCAACGCGGACACUCGAAGCGCCUUCACGCCGCCCUCGCCGGCCAGAAGCUGCUCUUUUUCAAGAAUCCGGAGGACACGUUGCCGCCGUCGAUUUUUUGUUACAGGUGUGCCCUGACCCGCUGUACAUCGUCUUUCGGUCGGCCGAGGAGAAGGAGCGCUGGAUGGUCGUCGAAUUCGACGGCUCCACCGAAGUCGGGCAGUGCCUCUCUUCACUGUGCCUUAAAUUGGGAAUGCGGCCGGCUCUACUCUCCGGAUAUGCCCUCUACAUUGAUCAUCCGACGAAUGGAGGACUACAGCUGUUGAAGGGGAAACAGAAGCUCUGCGACUGCCUGACGCUGUGGGAACGACGAGAACGAGAUGUAAAGAGAGGACGAGUAGCUGUCGAAGUGGCCCGGCUCGAGUUGCGACUCCGACACUACUGGCCCCAUCUUGCCCACACGGAAACCAUGAUAGAGAGGGGCUUCCUCGCGUGGCGAUCGGCCGAGGAAAUCGUCGAGGGCAGAGUGCCACUAGGCCCCCAAUUGGCUGAAGAUAUCAUGGCACUCUAUGGACAGCUGUAUUUUGGAGAUCUCGAUGGGUCGACAAGCCAACAACAAUUCGAUUAUGUCACCUCAAGGUUCUACCCCCGAAAAAUGCUCGACGUCGCGAAUAUGAGAACGCUUCGCGCGAGUCUCGACCAGAAUUGGCGCCAAAUGACGGGCAGUAGCGAGGCGGAAUGUAUUCGAUUGAUACUACAGGACCCGAUCCGCUCCAUCCCAUUCGACAGUCUCGUCGCGUUCGGCGCCUUCCACAGCGACUUCAUGCUCACGGUUGAACGCGUCCUGCCGCCGGAUUGCCAUCCGGAAGAGACGCCGAAAGAACGGCUGACGUUCAGCAUGGAACUGUGCCAGAUUGAGCAG